AAUAAGAUUAAGGCUCGAUGGCGAUGGGGAGAUCGACCGAAUAAGAUUCCGCUCCCCAGUUCCAGCUCUUCCUACUGUUCCUCCUCUCCACGCUGCGAGCGGCCGCCUGGCGGACGGCGGACGCUCCGACACUCGACAACAGCGUCCAGGUCUCAAAAAUUGCCGUUAGAAUGGAAUCGAGUAAGGGCACGGAAGGGUUAGCAGGGGAGAUUGAGGUGGAGGCCUACCGGCGUCUCUUCCCCCUCCCCUUCUACGAGCGCCAUCUUCUCGAGUCGGUGCGCCCGGAUGCCCGGCCUCUCAACCGCGCUAGAGAUACCACCGUCGCCCUUGGUCCUGUUGCUUCUGCCGAUGGUUCUGCUUUGGUUAAGAUCGGUGAUACAACCAUGCUUGCCGCUAUCAAGCUUGAAGUCAUGAUCCCUUCGGCAGAUGCGCCCGAUGAGGGAUCCCUAGCAAUCGAAUUCCACAUGCCACCAAUUUGUUCUCCAAGCGUUAGGUCUGGAAGGCCCGCUGAGGUGGCACCUGUCAUCUCACAGCGGUUGUCAGAUGUUAUAACGAGUUCUGAGAUGAUAAACUUGAAUGAACUGUCCUUAAUUAGUGGAAAGGCUGCAUGGAUGGCCUACUUGGAUAUUUACUGUCUCAAUGCUGAUGGAUGCCUAUUUGAUGCUGCUUUACUUUCAGCAGUUGCGGCAUUUUCUCAUUUGCAGAUCCCUCUUGUUUCUGUCAAUGAUGAUGGAAGAGUUGUUGCUGUAUCUGGUGAACUCACGGAAGGAAAAUCAAAACUAGAAUUGGUCAAUAAAGAAAAGAGGAAGCUCUCACUUAGGAGCAAGCCAUUUUCCUUGACAUGCAUACUUCAUGAAAAAUACAUCCUUGCAGACCCCAAUUCAGAAGAAGAGUCUAUCAUGGAUACCUUUGUGACUGUUGUGUUAGAUUCAUGGGGCCAGCUUGUGUCAAUAUACAAACCAGGGGGAGCAGUUCUUGCCAACAUGUCAACAAUUAAGGCGUGCAUUGCAGUUGCAAAGAGUAGAGUGAAGGAGCUAAACAACAUUUUGAACGAAUCCCUUUCAGAGAUGGAGGUUGACUAGUUUUUGAUUAAUCUGCUAUUUGACAUAUAUAUAUUUGAAUCUGUCAGGUCAUUGAUUACUACUCCAAGAAGAGUGUUGUGGCGCAGCUUCAUGCCGACAAACCCCCAAAAGAAGUCACUUCUGAGGUUCAGAAGUCACUUUCAUGAGCGGAACCUCCCCCCUAUUAUUUGACUUAAAUGUAACUUUAUCAGAAACUCACCUGGGCAUUGGUUAAUUAACCUGUGCAAUCUGAUACAUUGUCAGCUGGAGCUUCAAUCUCCUGAAUUUUUUUCCCUUUCACCAAACCUUUUGCAUUUCGGCUUUUUGGCUUGAGAGUUCUUAACAAAUGCAGACCAGAAUAAAGUUUUUCGCAUGCAAGCAAGGGUUCUUGCUGUAAAAGUUGUGAUGUGGCAUGGAAUUGAUGAGAUCUUUUGUGUGAAAAUGUUUCAAAAUCUGAAGCUGUGUGUUGUUUUGUUGACUGACGUUUAUCUUAGCUUGCAAAGGUCACCCCCCUGUGAUUGGACUUUGA